AUGAAGCAACAUCGGGGAGUAUGGUUGAAUUAGGGAGGGGUCGACUGAAGAACAACAACAGCAGAGAGAGGUGGAGGGAGGAGGAUAGAACAGUAGAUGUUAGGGAGUGUGGUGGACAGAACUACAUGGGAAAGAAUGAAGGAAAGAGUGGAGGAUAAGGGGAUAGAUUAUAUGAAAGGCGAUGCUCAGUUGAACAAUUUUCCAAGGUGAAUUAGAGUCCGAAAUGGCAGCAUAUUCCCUAUAGAGCACUAUGGGCCCUGGUGAAAAGUAGUGCACUAUUAAGGGAAUAGGGUGCCAUUUGAGAAACUGCCCUAGAGUGAACAUGCUUAUGAGUUUGACAACAGUGACAUAAAGACACAAAACCAUCUACUGAUCACAGACAGGGGAACUGUUUCUAGAUCAGCACUCCUACUCUGAGACACUUUUUGAAUAAGGACCCAGGAGUUUUUCUUGAUCAGGUCACAUGGUCAUAAAAGACUCCUGGCCCUAAUAAUUUGCUGUAAAGCUUACAGCCAGCCACACAAUUAACUGACUCUCUGUUGCCACAUGGUUUGCUUCCAUAUCGACAAUAGUAAACGCUCAUCAGCUGCAACGGGUAGUUGUGCUUGGCUCUCUUCAGACUCCAGUAAGUGAUCGACCAUUGUGUCAGGCACACACACACACACACAAACUAUUGACCCCCAGACUACAUCUACUGGGCCUGGUGGAAGCCAACCAAUCAGAAGCCCAGCAUGACGUCAGGGGUGGAUGGUGCUUCCUGUUGUUCCUUCACAGAGGGACAAUAGCCUGUAAAUUCUGGCCACUGUGACUUUUACUGCCUCUUGUUACAUGCUGUGCCUACAUACAGUAUCAGUCAUUGUCAUAGGCUGGCUAGCACAGGCAGGUAGCUCUUUGUGCAUCUCAAAUGGCACCAUAUUCCCUAUAUAGUGCAUUACUUUUGACCAGAGCCCUAUGGGUCCUGGUCAAAAGUAGUGCAAUAAAAAGGGAAUAGUGUGCCAUUUGAGAUGCAGGCUGUGUCUUAUAUGCUUGUCUCUAGUCUUCUCCAAAGGUUAAUGUGGCAUGAGGUUGUAAUAUUGUUUCAUCAAUACCUAUAAUAGCAUAUAGGCCUCAGGCUACAUGUGAAGAACAGUGGUGUCCUACUGUCUGCUGUGAUUUAUAGUGUGCUUGAUAGUAACAUGUACUCAGUAAACAUCUAAGUGCAUUUUUAACAGCCUGCACAGAGGGCUUGAGCUAUCCUGAUUGCCAGUCUGUUUAGCUUAAAUUAUAAUCAAGAAUACGAGUGACUGUCGCCAUUUUCGUUUUCAGAGGCUUAAGUUACAGUGGCAUUGGGGGCAGCAGUCAGUAGUGAGAGUAGGUCUAAGACAAUACUGGUAAGCACCACGUAUCUGGGUGAUAUCUCGUGCCAGAUAUCUGGGGUUUAGGAGGGUAAUUCAGGUCUCCAUGUCUUUGACACAUGAACCAGGCUUGAACUGGCUUGAGAGGUAGAUCACAGAGAGAGAUGUCAAUACCGGACUGUCAUUAUUUCUCUGCAGCCCCUCCCUUCCUAGUGACAUCUCUCCAUAGAUCAGUGAUAUUGAUAGGUUAUGAUUCCAAUAAAAGUUGGUAUAUAGGUUAGGAGCAAACCAGGAACAUAAAAUCAACCUGGGGUUAAAUAUCAGGCGAUUCAGAAAAUAUGAAUGGCCAAACAUGUGGGCUGUCUGGGCGCGUCAGAUCAGUGUGGACACCGAUUUCUCUCCCGUUCGGAUCACUCAAGCUGGCUGUCACACGGAGUGAGCGCUACAGCUCCAAGUGAACAUUUUGAUCCGGUGUCACCCAUAGUCAACACGUAGCCUACGUCUCAGAUCCUUGGAUAGGAGAGAGGAGCGAGCAAAGCGCAGUGGACAUGCGGUAUGACCAGAUGACCCGCCGCGCCGUGACGCUCUACAGGUGUGUGUAGACGGGGCUCUGUUGAAUAAUAUGAAGCGCCAUGGCGUGGUGUGACCGUGGGGUUCAGACACUGCUGGCUACCGUGGGGGCUUUCGCCGCUUUCAGCCUCAUGACCAUAGCCAUCGGGACGGACUACUGGCUGUACUCACGGGCAUACAUAUGCAACGCAACCAAUGCCAGUACGGAUGACACCCAGUCACAACCCAAGAAGGCAAGGGGAGAUCUUACGCACUCUGGGCUGUGGAGAAUCUGUUGUAUUGAAGGGAUUAACGUAGGGAGCUGUUACCGUAUCAACCAUUUCCCAGAUGAUAACGACUAUGACACAGACAGCUCAGAAUACCUCCUACGUAUUGUGCGGGCGUCCAGUGUGUUUCCUAUCCUCAGCACCUGUCUGUUGAUGCUGGGGGGGCUGUGUUUGGCCGUGGGACGUAUCUAUAGCAGCAGGAACAGCAUCCUGCUUAGCGCCGGCAUCUUGUUCGUAGCCGCAGGCCUGAGUAACAUCAUUGGCAUCAUUGUCUACAUCUCCAGCAACGCCGGCGACCCCAGUGACAAGCGCGAUGAGGACAAGAAGAACACCUACAGCUACGGCUGGUCCUUCUACUUCGGAGCGCUGUCCUUCAUCGUGGCCGAGAUGGUGGCCGUCCUGGCUGUCAACAUCUACAUCGAGAAGAACAAGGAGGUCCGCUUCCAUGCUCGUCGCGACUUCAUCCGCUCCAUGUCCUCCUCCUCACCCUACUCACGCAUACCCAGUUACCGCUUCCGCCGGCGGACGUCCCACUCCAGCUCGCGCUCCUCUGACGCUUCGCAGGAGAACUCGCCGGCGAGGCUGAAGGGUGGGACCUCGGCAACGGGGCCGUUGGGAGAAUUGACCAUGUACACGUUGACCCGCGAGGGGGGUCUGAAAGGGGGCGUGCCGGAGAACGCAUACAGCCCCGAGCACGGCUCAGGCAAUUUCCUGCAGUUGCACAACUGCUUCCCCAAUGACCUGAAGGACGGGGUCAACCGGCGGACCACGCCCGUGUGAGAUGAGCUUUAGACGGGCCGGUGGACUGAGGAUGCCCCCCUGAUGUGGAUGGAGGAUGGAGGUAGGUCAGAGUCCGUGGUUCCAGGGAAAGACGGAGCCAGUGAAAAGACAAAGCCCCUCCUCAGUGAAAAACAACAUGAGGACGAGGACUGAGGACAUGGACAGAGAUAUAAGGUUAUAAAAUGUUGCCCGUGACAUGGUUUCUAAGGGUCACUGGACAUAAACAGUGCUUGGUUCUCUUCCUUGUUGUUCCUGUGUGCUUUUUGACUGCAACAGACUAGUCACCAUCAUUGUUUAUGUCGUACACUACAUACAAGAAAACCAUUCCCUUUAAAAUGUGUCCUUGAAAUGCUUAAAAGAGAAGAGAGUGGAAUAUCCUCUUGUUGAUGGAUUUUGAUUGCCAAUGUGUGUUGGGAAACUGUUGCGUGAAUUGUUCAAUGUACAACAUUUCACCCUAUUUUACCUGCUUUAAGUAUCGAACGUAGUUCAACUAAAUGUAUUGUCCAACCUGAAGCCCUCUGUCACCUUUGCAUGCUACUGUAUAGCCUACUGGAGUAGAGCUCUGUGUCUCUGUGAUAUCUGUUAGUAGCUACUGUUGUCCAGCCUUACUUUGUGUCACUGUCAGUUUAAUAGAGAAACAAAUCCAAGGAUUGAGUUCUCAACAAAGCCAUUCAUUUGUAUCUGGGAAAAACUAAAGGGACAUGACUGACCAGCGAACCCAUGUAAAACUUAGUUGGUUGUAGUUAGGUUAAGGUUAGGGGUUUGGUUAAGGUGAGGGUUAGAGUUAUGUUAUAUUAUGCCCUUUUUUUCCUGCAACCAUAGCCAUUUAAUUCUAGACACUUCUAUGAUUAAAUGACCAUCUGUUAUAAAAAAAAACACACAUCCAAACUACUGCUAAUUUCCAGAUUAAGAAUGUGUUGUACAUUUUCAAGUUUAAAAGAGAAAUGGCACCUUUGAAUGUGCAGACACUGAAUGUCCAGGUGAAUCCAGGUGAAAUCUAUGAUCCCUUAUUGAUGACACCUGUUAAAUCCACUUCAAUCAGUGUAGAUGAAGGGGAGCAGACAGGUUAAAGAAGGAUUGUUAAGCCUUGAGACAAUUGAGACAUGGAUUGUGUAUGUGUGCCACUCAGAGGGUGAAUGGGCAAGACAAAAGAUUGAAGUGUCUUCGAACAGGGUAUGGUAGUAGGUGCCAGGCACACUGGUUUGUGUCAAGAACUGCAAUGCUGCUGGGUUAUUCAUGCAGUUUCCAGUGUGUAUCAGGAAUGGUCCACCACCCAAAGGAUAUCCAGCCAACUUGACAACUGUGGGAAGCAUUGGAGUCAACAUGAGCCAGCAUCCCUGUGGAAUGCUUUCGACACCAUAUAGAGUCCAAACCCGAACGAAUUGGGGCUGUUCUAAAGGGCAAAAGGGGGUGGAACUUGAUAUUAGGGAAGUGUUACUAAUAUUUGGUACACUCAGUGUAUGUUUAAUUCUUUUUUUAAAUUGAAACUGGAUUGAUGACAUUUUAUCCAUAACUGCUAAGUCGAACCAGCUGUAUUAAAACUUAUCUCUGAUACCCUUCAUCCUACAGCAAUCUCAAUUCAUCCCCAUCUCAUCUCUGUGUCAAAGAUCAUUCCUACUGCUCAGUCACCAUAGAGUCCAGUCCAAUAUGGCUGACAUGAUGAUGUCAAUGGAACCUAUGGACAUUCUGCAAUCUUUAUUUAUUUCUAUGUCAGUCCCCAGUCCCCUUUCUUCCGUGUUCUAAUCUAAAACCCUACUGAGAUUUGACAUUGUGGGGGCACUGGUCACAGGAAAAGAGCAGCUAACAAAAGCCGACUCUCCCAGGAAUUGAGAGAGCACAGGACUUCUUUCAGCUUUUCAACAGCCAGGCCGGCGGUUGGAUAAGGAUCGAGAACCGACAGAGAAUGAAGUGGCUGAAAGGCUACCUGUCUGUCUGUCUGCUCUCUGUCUGGGUGGAUGUUUUCUAGGUCUCCACCGUCCAGUGCAGAACAGAGAAGUCGAUCUGAAGGUUGGGAGAAAAAAAAGUUAGCCAUCUCUCGAGAGGCCUAGCGCCAAUCCACAUCUGUAAACUGGAGCUCCAGUCAUCCAUGGCAUCCUUGUCCUCCAAACCUCUCUUUCAUUUUGGCUUCUCAGGAAAUAUUCCAUUAUAGCUUCUACAGUUCAACCCCUUGACGUCUGGAGAUUCAAGGAUUCACUGCUUUAUUGCCAUUGUUGUGAGGCAGAGAACUGGACUAUGGGCAGGGGAUUUCAAAGUGGAUGUUUGUCCCUGAGGGGCCACCGUAAACAGGAAAUGCUGAUAUCAUUGUGUGACCAUUGUUACAGUUUGAAACAGACGUGUGGUGGUUUGAAAUGUGAAAAUGUAUAUACAAAAGUCAAGCCAACACAAAGCAUGUAUAGAGUGUUGCUGAAUUGAAAUCACAUCUUUUAAUAGAAUAAUGUAUCAAACAAGAUGUGAUGACGGAAAAAGACUUUGAUAGUUUGUUGCAUCGGUCAUGCUUUUUACUCAUGGAGGUGGAUACCAUUGUUCCUGUCUGGGAUACCAUUUAAUACACUGAAAACACAUUCCCGUUCCCUUCUGUAGAGUGAUGAACGUAGAGGGAGAGGAACACAUGUCUUUUAUGCCUCUGUGCUCAACACCUAUAAUGUGUUUCAAUGUUCUAAACAGGACUACUAUUGAGCCUUGCUGUUAUAACAAUAAAACACACACACACACACACACACACACACACACACACACACACACACACACACACACACACACACACACACACACACACACACACACACACACACACACACACACACACACACACACACACACACACACAGUAUGCCUGUACUCUUCUCCUCUACUAACUCUGAGGAACUACCUGCUGAUUCCCAUCACAUCUCUGUUAGCUGAUAUUGCUGUUCUCUAUCUUUCUUUCAGUCUCCAUCCAACAGUCAACAUAAAGUUGUUACUAUGAAUGAGAAUA